ACAAGUCAAUAUGCAAUUAUUUUUCUUGCUGUCAAACAAAUUAAACUCAUUUCAAAAUUUGUCCCUCCAGGAUCAGAAAUUCCAAGCCCUAAAAAGUCUUAAAACACUUUCAAACUCUCCGCUCUCUCCCUGGAAAACACAACGGCGUCGAUGGCUAUCUCCGGUGCCCUCAACGCUCUAAAGUCAUCCAAACUCAUCUCCUGGAAACCAUGUGGCAGGGUUCAACAAACACUAAAGAGACGCGUGGAGGCAAGUGGGACGACACUCCACUCGGGAAAAUCUUCAACAGUAAGGCUAUUGCCAGAGCUAGCAGGCAAAGGGCGCUACUUCUAUUUCAACUCCAAAUCAAUUCCAGCAUCCAUCGAUUACGCACAAGAAUCGCCUCUUUGCACAACUCUCUCCAACGACGGUGUUAAAAUUCGAACCGUCGAGCAUUUGCUUUCCGCUCUCGAGGCUAUGAGUGUCGAUAAUUGCCGUAUUGAAAUUACCAAUCUUGACUCUGAUGAUUCCGACUUGGAUUCCGAGGUUCCUGUAUUGGAUGGUUCGGCGAGGGACUGGGUGGAGAGAAUAGAAAAGGAUGGUUUAGUGGCAGCCAAAGAUGAGUGUGGGAAUGACUGUGAGAAACUGGCUCCCUAUUUGAACGAGCCCAUCCAUGUAUCGAAGAAUGAUUCGUUUGUGGCAGCGUUUCCAUCACCGAAAGUUCGAGUUAGUUAUGGGAUUGAUUUUCCUCAGGUUGCCAUUGGCUCCCAGUGGUUUUCCUUAGCUCCUCUGGAGGAUUCUCUUUAUGCCAAAGAAAUAGCUCCAUCAAGGACUUUUUGCAUAUAUGAGGAGGUAGAGCAUAUGCGCAAGGCAGGACUUAUUAAAGGGGGCUCACUAGACAAUGCCAUUGUUUGUAGUGCCAGCAAAGGUUGGUUGAAUCCACCACUGCGUUUCUCUGAUGAACCAUGUCGUCACAAGAUCUUGGAUCUUGUUGGUGACCUUUCCCUGUUUGCACGGUUUGGUAAUCAAGGACUCCCAGUGGCACACAUAGUUGUUUACAAGGUAAUUUAUGAUUUGUGGGCAUGGACACAAAUGUUGCAUCUUUGUUUGAUGCACAAAUUUACAUGUAUAUCCUUCUUUGUGCAUGGAUGUAUGUAUUUAUAUGCAUAUAUCUACACUAGACUUAAACUUGUAGAGCUAACUUAGAUCGGCAGCCUGACAAAUCCUUCCUGUUCUUCAAGUAACUUGUGCAAUUGGUUCUCACUUAUUUUAUCCAGGAGCAUGUCAUGGUAAUAUGGCUCCUGUUUUCCCCUUUUGUUGUUGAAAUAUAUACCUGCAAUACUUUAAUUUAAGUCUACAUUUCAUUUUCAAAAGACCUUUCACUUUUAAUAAAUAAAUUCUUUUACCAGCACCGCUAUUAGUUUUUCUAAUUUUAUUGCUAAUUAUUGUCUUCUAAACUACAUAGAAAGUUUGCAUUGUGGGAACUCUUGAUCAAAUAUAAAGUUCAUGCUUGAUUAUGUUUAAGGAUGAGACUUUCAUCCUUGGCAUAAAGAAAUUCAUGCUUCUGAUGCUUCUUUAGUUUAUUGAAGCCAUGAUUGUGCUAGUAGCUCUUGUACUUUGCUCCCCUAGUUGAACGUGAACAACCAACUAGGGGAGCGAUGCCAUUUUUGCAUCCAUCAUAAAUUUGUCAGGGAGAUUUUUGUUGCCUGGUGAAUUUUAUAUGUGAUUUUACGACUUCUGAUUUAAAUGCUAGCAGUUUAACAGUUCUUUACGAGUUUAUGUUGUGGCUGCAUCAUGUGAAAGCUCAUAGGAAAAGAUAAUCAGCAUUGUUUGUAUUUAUUUUCACCUUAGUUGUAUUAUUCACUCUAAAUGUAAUCUAACAACGGGAGAGAUUUUUAUCUAGUUUCUGUCUGAAAUAUGCAAUUGAUGCAGGGCGGCCAUACACUUCAUACCAAUUUUGUACGCCAUCUCAACGAUUUAUUUAAGAGCUGACUUUUCCGCGGGUGGAAAGCCAGGACAUCAAUU